AUGAAAAUUCAUUAUCAGGCAACUGAUAAGAUCGAGAAGACGUCGGAUGUGGAGAGCGUCCGGGCCACGCGCAAACAUGACUACCUGCAGAAGCAGGUUGAGAUCCUCAAUGCGUCCAAGCAAGCAGCCAAGAAUAACGCUGCGCGGACGACGUUGUGGAACAAGCGCUUGGAGCAGAACGUGGUGGCCAGCCUGAGGGCCAAGAACGACGUGGCGCAGCCGGAGCUGGACGCGUCGCAGGAAGUGGUGCAGCUGCACAGCCUGCAGGCCAGCCAGGCCAGCCACACGGUGGCUGAGCGGGAGCGCGACGAGGCGCGCGACGAGCUGCUGGAGACGCUGCGCGGCGCUUACCAGCAGAGCCAGGAGGCCCUGGCGGAGACAAGGAGCUCGCUCAAGGAGAAGGCCGCACAGGAGGCGGCGCUGCAGCGCAGCCACGCAGCCGCGACCAACGAGCUCAAGAACCGGCUCGCCGCUUCCGAGGCCGACGCUGCGCGCGCCAACGACGACCUGCUGCGGGCGCGGCGGGAUUAUGAGGAGAUUGUUGUGGCUAUGCAGCAGGACCUGUCAUGCGUGCAGGAGAGCUGCGAGGCGGCGAUGCAGCAGCGGGACGCGGCCCGCGGCGAGGUGGCGCAGCUGCACGGCACCAGGCUCGAGCGCGCCAAGGAGGCUGCGGACGGCAGGGCCGCGCGCGCCAGGGAGGACACCGUCAAUGCGCAGGAGGCCCUGGCGCGGGUUAUGCGUGACACCUCUGACCGGCUGGGGGCGCUCAGGCGCGAGCUGGCCUCUGAGAAGGCCGCCCGCAACGGCCUGGAGGCAAAGCUGGAGGAGGCGGAGAAGGCGCGCGCCACGGCCGAAGGGGUGUCCAGCAUCGCGCUGGACCUGCAUGCCUGCCUGCUGGCGGAGGUGGUGCGCACGCGGGACGCCGCGGCCUGCGCGCUGGCGCACCAGAGUGCCGCCGCCGAACACAACAUUUGGCUGCUGGCCUGCCUGGACCAGAGCCAGGCGGAGCGGGCAACCUACAUGCGUGUGCGCGACCAGGCGCGGGCCGAGCUGGAGGAGGUGAAGGCCAACUCGGGCCGGGCGGCCGACGCCGACUCGAACUUCAGCUUCUGGCCGCAGCGGGGCGCCCGCCGCUGCUGA